AUGACUGACGCAGAUGCCGAACUUGCCUUCCUGCAAUCGAUGCAGGAUGGGACACCCGCAUAUGUUAACGGUGACAACGAACAGACGGUUGAUAACGAAGGAGAUGAAGACUACGACCCUGCGCGCCUCAUUGCAAGUAAUGAGCACUCGCAUGAUGAGGACGAGAGCGGAUCGAAUCGUACGUCUAUGUCUGGCUCCAUGCCUCAAAGCCCUGCCACGCCUGCCAUCGCCUCUGCAGACAUGCAUGCGCCUGCUCCUUCCGAGUCGCCUGCUUUUUCGAAGCAGCCACGGACAGUUGGUGGUUUCGUUGUUGACGAUGAUGACGAAGAUGAGGAUGAGACACCAGUAUCUUUAUCAAAGGGACAAAGUGUUGGAGACAAGGGCAUGGGCAAUCUAGAAGCGGCACCAGAAACGGCGCUACAUUCUGUUCCUCAAACUCCUAUCAAUACUCUUUCCCAACCAGAUGUACCUUUACAAAACGCGCAAGAUCAGGAUGUAUCUGGUGCUCUUUCUAUUGGCGUUACUGACACUGUCCCUCACUCUACCUCUGUUCCUGCUGAAACCAGUGCUCCCGCUAAAGUCUACUCAACUGCUGCACCUCCCGAUCCAUCUACUACCACUACAGCUUCUGCCGAUACAGCUGCACUCAUUCCAAGCUCUUUUCCCAAGGGCCGCUUACCGCAAGACCGCAUCGGUAUACUUGAGGAUAGGAUUAAGGAAGACCCACGAGGCGACAUCGACGCAUAUUUAAGCUUGAUUGCGGAAUAUCGUAAACGCAACAAGCUUGAUGAUGCACGAGCAAUCUACACACGAUUCUUCGAAAAGUUUCCACAGGCGGUCGAACAAUGGCUUAUUUAUGCUCACAUGGAAUUGCAGGAAGAGGAGCUCUCGCGCCUGGAACAGAUCUUCAGCAUAUCUCUCGAAAGGCUUUGGAACGUCGAAAUGUGGUCCAUGUACCUUGACUACGUUCGUCGUCGUAACAAUCUUAUGUCGGAUUCUUCAGGCCAAGCCCGACAAGUCAUCACCUCUGCUUACGAGUACGCGCUGGGGAAGGUGGGUAUUGACAAAGACUCGGGCAAGAUGUGGCAAGAUUACAUUGAGUUUCUCAAAAGCGCACCUGGAACCGUUGGUGGCACUACGUGGCAGGAUCAGCAGAAGAUGGACUCUCUCAGGAAGAUAUAUCAGCGUGCUGUAUGUAUACCAACGGAAAAGCUCCACGAUAUCUGGAAACAAUACGAUACAUUCGAAACGACUCUUAACAGGGUCACAGGUCGCAAGUUUCUACAAGAACGUUCACCUGCUUUUGUAACAGCUAGGAGCUCGUACGUGCAGCUUGAUAACAUCACCCGAGAUCUACUGCGCAACACGACACCUCGCCUACCUCCGAUGAAAGGAUUCGAUGGCGAGGAGGAAUACACGAGGCAGAUUGAGAUAUGGAGCAAUUGGAUCAGGUGGGAGAAGGAAGAUCCUCUGGUGCUCAAAGACGAAGACUUGGACGCAUAUAAGGCUAGGGUGCUGUACGCUUACAGACAGUCUGUCAUGCCUCUUCGAUUCUGGCCUGAUAUGUGGUUCGAUGCUGCUGAGUGGUGCUUUCAAAAUGAUAUGGAAGCGGAAGGGAACAAAUUUCUGGACGACGGCAUAACAGCCAACCCCGAGAACUGUCUUCUGGCCUUCAAGAAAGCAGACCGGGUCGAGCUCACAACGCUCCCUGAAGAGACUGACGAGGCAAAGAUCAAACGUGGCUCGCUUAUCAGAGCACCUUACGAUAAAUUGUUAGACGCUCUUUAUGAGCUCAUCGACAAAGCCAAGAAACGACAGCAACAGCUUAUUGAGACCGUUAAAGAGCGGUUCCGAGCAGAAGAGCCUGAAAUUUCCAUCGAAGAUGAUGAUGGCGAUGACGAUGACGAUGUUGCUGAACAGAAGAAAGCCCACGAGGCCUGGAAGACUGCCCAACAGGUGCAGAUAGAUGCUAUCAAGCGGGGCAGUGACGCUCAAUUGAAGGUAAUCAAACGAACAAUAUCAUACAGCUGGAUUGCAUUGAUGAGGGCAAUGCGUCGUGUGCAAGGCAAAGGAACGGGCAAGAAGACCUCUGACAAGCCUGGUGGCUUCCGAGCUGUCUUUAUCGAUGCCCGAGCGCGAGGUCAAUGGACAGCUGAGAUAUGGAUCACCAGCGCUCUGAUGGAGUAUCACUAUAAAGACCCAGUAGCCACCAAGCUCUUCGAAAGGGCACAGAAGCUUUUCCCAGAUGAUGAGCUAUUUAAUUUGGAGUAUCUGAAGCAUUUAAUCAACACCAGAGACAUCACAAACGCCCGAGCAGUCUUUGAAACCACAGUCUCUAGGAUGACAGCCAAACCGGAAAAUGUACACAAGGCCAAGUCUCUUUUCGCAUUCUUCCAUGAAUACGAAUCACAGUACGGCGAACUCAGCCAAAUCGUGCAGUUAGAGAAACGCAUGGCCACACUUUUCCCCGAAGACCCAAGACUCGCCAGCUUCGCUCACCGGUAUACAGAACACGAGUUCGACCCAACAACUAUACGCCAUAUUAUCUCUCCCGGAACGCAAGUACGUCCGAAAGCUCUAUCUUCAGUUAUGCCUGCUAUCUCCGCACCGGCACCUCCUUCUGUUCGAUCUCCUCAAAUGCCACCUGCGGCGCUCGCUGUACAACCUCAGGUCAUCACCAACUCACCAAAACGACCGUUCGUGGGAGACGACUCUGACACUGAGCGUCCUGCUAAGUUCAUUCGUGGGGAGUCACCUCUCAAAGGUGCUGCCGGUCGUCGUCUGGACGCUCAGAGGCGUAACCAACAGAGGAGUGAUGGAAACAUUAACAUGGCUAUGACACAGCCUCCGGGCCCGGCGCCUCUGCCUAAGGAAAUCAAUUUCCUUCUGAGCAUUAUACCAGCUGCUCAUUAUUACAAGGCAGUAGUCCUAGACCCACGCAAGAUGGUGGAGCUACUUGGUAAUGUCGACCUCAACCGAGCUAACACUCAGCACCCUAGUAUGUCAGCCAUGCAACACAUACGACCUACACAAUCACAGGCUCCUCAGUUCCCAUACGGAGCUCCUCCAUCGUAUGUUCAACCUCCAGUCUACCACUACACACGCUAA